CAGCCACCUCAUCAGUGAGAUCGGAGAUGUUGGAUGAGUUAUGUUACAUUUAAAGCAACACUUUUUGAUGUAAUAGUUUUCAGUAUUUCGUAAUUACAUGUUUCACACUUCUAAAGUUCAAGUUUGGUAGUUUAUGGAGAUGGAUUUCACAACUCUAGUCGUAGUGAUCAUAUCGGUUUUCGUUGUCGAUGUGAAUGGAAUUAUGUGGAAACUUCAACCGAACGUACAGAAAUGUCUGAAAGAAGAACUACAAUCUGAUGUUCUUGUAACUGGUGAUUAUGAGGUUCAAGAUGCACCAGGACAAAAAGUGGAUUACGUAGUAAGGGACUCCAAGGGCCACAUUUUGUCACAAAAGGAAGACAUUUCCAGGGGAAAGUUUUCAUUUGUUACAGAGAACUAUGACAGUUUUGAAAUAUGCUUCAUAUCUAGAGUUCCACCACAACAGAGGGGCAUUGCACAAGAGGUGUCUUUGGUCACCAAGAGGGGUGUUGAAGCCAAGAACUAUGAGGGUCUGCUUGGAGAAGCUGCAAAACUGAAGCCUCUGGAGGUUGAACUCAAACGCCUGGAAGAUCUGUCAGAUGCCAUUGUGCAGGACUUUUCGCAGAUGAGAAGACGUGAAGAAGAGAUGCGAGACACCAAUGAGUCCACCAACAGCCGUGUGCUGUACUUCAGUAUCUUCAGCAUGUGUUGUCUCCUGGGAUUGGCCACCUGGCAAGUACUCUACCUACGACGCUUCUUCAAGGCCAAGAAACUCAUAGAGUAGUGUGUCAGAGUUUGUCAUUUGCCACCUGUGGUCACACACUUCAUCUCAUUGACUUUUCUUUGGGUGAUGUGGCUUCCCAUCCAGAACUGUACAUACAGUAUGCUUCAUUUGUUUGUUCACUGAAAAUAAUUUUGUAUUGCAUACUUUCAGGAAGAACACAAUUUGGAAAUUAAAUUUCCUGUGUUAAACAGAGGCUGUGGAAAUAACACUGACAGUUCAUACAGUAAAUUCCUGGAAUUACA